AUGAAUUACCAGAAGGUUUAUGGUAUUACGGGCCCCGUUUCGGUGGUUGGCCCCACCGCGCCAGAGAACAAGCUGAACGAUCUGCUGAUUCAGGAGUUGAAGAGCGAGAACUCGUUUGAGAGCGAGGCGGAGACGGCUACCAGGGUCAAGAUUUUGGAGGUGCUGCAGGCGCUGACGGAGAAGUUCGUGUACACUGUGUCGAAGCGGCGGAACAUGUCCGACGGGAUGGCGAGGGAUGGCGGUGGGAAAGUGUUUACUUUCGGGUCGUACCGGCUCGGGGUGCACGGCCCAGGGUCCGAUAUUGACACGCUGAUCGUUGUACCGAAGCAUGUUUCGCGUGAUGAUUUCUUCGACGUGUUUGACAAGCUGCUGCGGGAGAGACCCGAGUUGGACGAGAUCGCUCCAGUGCCCGAUGCGUUCGUCCCCAUCAUCAAGAUCAAGUUCAGCGGCGUCUCGAUCGAUCUGCUGUGCGCGAAACUAGAUAUUGCGCAGGUGCCGAAGACGCUCACGCUGAGCGACAAGAACCUACUGAGAAACCUUGACGAGAAGGACCUCAGGGCACUCAACGGGACAAGGGUCACGGAUGAAAUCUUGGAACUCGUCCCGAAACCGAUCGUGUUUAGGAUCGCGCUGAGGGCGAUCAAGCUAUGGGCGCAGCGGAGAGCAGUCUAUGGGAACGUGUUUGGGUUCCCCGGUGGGGUCGCAUGGGCCAUGCUCGUCGCGAGAAUCUGCCAACUGUACCCGAACGCGUGUAGCGCAGUCAUCAUAAACCGGUUCUUCAAGAUAUACUCGGAUUGGAAGUGGCCGCAACCGGUGAUACUGAAACCCAUCGAGGACGGUCCACUCCAGGUCCGUGUGUGGAACCCAAAGAUAUACGCGCAGGACAGGUCGCACCGAAUGCCCGUCAUCACCCCUGCAUACCCAUCGAUGUGUGCAACGCAUAACAUCACAGAGUCAACAAAGAGUAUCAUCCUACAGGAGCUUCAAAGGGGGAUACAGAUCACAAACGACAUCUUCACGAACAAGAAGACGUGGAACGACCUGUUCAAGAGACACGACUUCUUCUACAAGUACAAGUUUUACCUGACCAUCACGGCAUCGACGAGGGAACACACGGGCGAUGAUGGCGAGAAGACGGGCGGAGAUGAGCAGCAUCUUAAGUGGAGCGGGCUCGUCGAAUCAAAGGCAAGACUGCUCGUGAUGAAACUUGAGGCGCUAGAGGGUAUCAAAGUGGCUCACCCGUACGUGAAACCGUUUGAGUCCAACUACUGUUUCGACACGGCGGAUGGAGACAAACAAAUACUGGCGAACUACGGCUCGCACCGCACGGAGGACCGUUUGGCACAGUACACGCGAAUCAACGACGAUAAUAAGAACGACGAGUCCCUGCAGAAGAUGGACAAGAUGCACCUCACAACGAUGUACGUUGGUCUCGACGUCAACGUCGUCGACAAGAAACGCGAAAAGAUUGACAUACAUGUCCCCUGCACAGAAUUCUAUAACCUCUGCCGGAACUUCAACGAGGAGUACCAGGACCCGAGCGUGUUCUCCCUCGUGAUAAGCUACGUGAAACUGUAUGACCUGCCGGACGGCGUCUACACAGAGGACGAGGUAAGACCCGUCAAAAGUAAAUCUAAGAGCAAGUCGAAAAGGAGGGAACUCGAGGCAUCCCCAGCAAGAACGGACAUUGCGAAAAAGCUCAGACCAGAAACAGCAACAUCUACCCUAUAG